CGAGCCCAGGGCAGCGCACCUGCUCCGCGGCCGGCGGACAGCCUGGGCGGCGCGGCCGGAGCGCGAGGUCGGACCCUCCCCCGGGCGAAGGGCGGGCUCCUGGACCGCGGCGCGCUCGGGGACCGGAGCCUGCAGGGCCGCGGCACGAUGGCACCAGCCGGACGCCCGGGGGCCAAGAAGGGUAUUUUGGAGCGUCUGGAUGGUGGGGAGGUUGUAGUUGGUGAUGGCAGCUUUCUCAUUACUCUGGAGAAGAGAGGCUACGUGAAGGCCGGGCUCUGGACUCCGGAGGCGGUAGUAGAACAUCCAGGCGCAGUUCGUCAGCUUCACAUGGAAUUCUUGAGAGCCGGAUCAAAUGUUAUGCAGACUUUCACCUUUUCUGCCAGUGAGGACAAUAUGGAAAGCAAGUGGGAAGAUGUAAAUGCUGCCGCCUGUGACCUCGCCAGGGAAGUGGCCGGCGAAGGGGAUGCUUUGGUAGCAGGAGGGAUCUGCCAGACGUCCCUGUACAAAUACCACAAAGAUGAAGCUAGAAUUAAAAAACUUUUUCAACAACAGCUAGAGGUUUUUACCAGGAAAGAUGUGGACUUCUUGAUUGCAGAGUAUUUUGAGCAUGUCGAAGAAGCUGUGUGGGCUGUGGAAGUCUUAAAAGAAUCAGGCAAACCUGUGGCAGCGACCAUGUGCAUAGGCCCGGAGGGAGACAUGCAUGACGUGAGCCCCGGAGAAUGUGCCGCGAAGCUGGUGAAGGCAGGGGCUGCCAUCGUUGGUGUGAACUGCCGAUUUGGGCCCUGGACCAGUCUGAAGACGGUGGGGCUCAUGAAGGAGGGCCUGGGGGCUGCAGGGCUGAAAGCCCACCUUAUGGUGCAGUCCCUGGGGUUCCACACGCCCGACUGUGGCAAAGGAGGGUUUGUGGAUCUCCCAGAAUAUCCCUUCGGACUGGAGCCCAGAGUUGUCACCAGAUGGGAUAUUCAGAAGUAUGCCAGAGAGGCCUACAACCUGGGGGUCAGGUACAUUGGCGGGUGCUGUGGAUUUGAGCCCUACCACAUCAGGGCAAUCGCAGAGGAGCUGGCCCCAGAAAGGGGAUUUUUGCCUCUGGCUUCUGAAAAACAUGGCAGCUGGGGAAGUGGUCUCAAUAUGCACACCAAACCCUGGAUUAGAGCAAGGGCUAGAAGGGAGUAUUGGGAAAAUCUGCUCCCAGCUUCAGGCAGACCUUUCUGUCCUUCGCUUUCAAAGCCAGAUGUCUAAGGAACAGUGAAAGAAAACCCUGAAAUCAUAGAUCAGAAAGAAGUUGUCCUUAAGCCCCCCUGGAAUCUUGCUCACCUCCCUCCUGUCUCCACCUGCUGCGGCCCCAGUUGGAUGGCUGUCUGCAUGUUGAGCUCCUGCUGUGGUUGAGCCCCUCUGUGGAUGCUGCGGAGAUGCAGGGAGGAUGAGAGUGGCCCCCCCGGCUCCCCACCUCUUACUGUCCAGGAGUGCCGCUGUGCACUCUGCUGAAGAUCAUCGAGAAGAGCCAGACUUGCCUCUGACAUUUAAAAUAAUCGGAAGUCACUACGAAUCGAACCUAGUGAAUUAGUCAGGUGACUAAGCUAGAUGCUCUAAGCCAGUGUUUUUCAACCUUUUUUUUAAUCUCAGGGCACACUUGAACCUAUAGUUAAACUUUUAUGGCACACUUAAAUUAUG